CGCUCCUCCUCCCUCCCACAUACUCGGUAGGACCCCUCUCGCCAGCUUCCAUCAGACACUUGCGAGCACAAAGUUGGACGCGGGACGGCGACGACAUGGGCCGGUGGAGCGCGGCGAUCGUGGCCUCGCAGCUUCUGCUACAAAUCUGCACGUACGUGAAAGCCCAGGCGUUAGUGUACGACCUGCUGACCUCGCCCGACUGCCUGCCCGACCUGCUGCAGGGCGGUCUGGUCGCCCAGGGGGCCAACGAGGCCUUCAUCCUGGCCUCCUUCAAACUGCAGCCCAAGACCGGCACCACCGUGUUCGGCCUGUACAACCCGCGGGACAACAGCAAGUACUUUGAGUUCACCGUGAUGGGCAAACUCAACAAAGGGGUUCGCUAA